GGAUUUGAAUAACCAGGUAUGAGCAUCAGCCUCCCUCGUUAACCCGUUUGAUAAUUGACCAAGCGCUCAUUCCUGUGGGAGGGCGGCGUGCCCAGGCGCGGCGCCCGGCUGCUCCUGCGUGUCCCCUGCCUGCCGCCAUGCCUGCCCGCUGCCUCCUCUGCCUGCUCCUGGGGCUGCUCCUGGCGCCCGAGCCUGCCUGCUGCCAGCAAGCCCGGGGCAGCCUCCAGCCGUGGUCACAGGGCGUCAUCGCAGUGAUUGUGUUUCUAGUCCUGGUGGCCAUCGCUUUCAUGGUCAAUAAGUUCUGGUGUAAGGAGAAAGUGGAGAACGUUGAGACAGUGGUGAGUGUUGAGGGCAAGCACGAGGCUGUCAUGUCCAAUGGCCACGAAGGGAGAUAUGUAACUACGGCAGCUGACUUCAGGUCCAAAGAGAGCCAGCACGCCUACGAGAACGUCCUGGAGCCCGAGGAGAGGGUGAUCACCACCGCCAUGUAGCAGGUGUCCCGGAUGACCACUGUCUUUCCUCCUCUCACUCUGCUUCCUGCCGUCCUGCCGUUGUGACGAGCAUUUUUGCACCAGCAUCCCCCAUGCACGGGAGCUCCCCAACUUCUCCACGGCUCCACCAUCUCCUGACCUUUUACCUUGCCACCUGCAGGACAUGCUUUUCUGCCCUGGGGGCUGGUGUUCAUGCAGGUAUCAGUCCCCAGGAGAGGUCCAGAGGUGCCACUUCUGCCCGGUACUCACCUCAGCUGGUUGGUGAGGCUGACAUCCCCAGUCUCAGGGGGUGCUGACCUGCUCCAGACAUGGAGGGGUCCCCACUGGGUGCCUGAGACCUCCUCGCAUCCCCAGCCACCCUCCAGGGAUGUGCUGAUGGAAAACCUGUCCUCUUCUCCCCAUUUCAGCCUCCUUUUUAUGACCUACACCACGUGUUUUAAUGGCAGAACGAACCUUCUCCCCUGUAUAUAUUUUCCCUGUGAGCAAUAAAGAGAAUUGUUGCCCACA